AGCUAGCUAGCAUUUUGCAAAAACCUGAUUAAGCCCCCCACUACCACACUCGCGCUCUCCUUUUAAAGUCACGAGACCCACUGUCCCAUUGUUCAUUCAAUUUUUUGUGUGGGGAGAGAUAAAGAGAGAGAGAGAGAGUGGCAGAGGAACUGAUAGAGAACUUUCAAAGCUCUUUAUCUUCUACCAUCACUCAACUAGCCUCUAUAUUGCAGUCUCAAACUGAAAGUCUAACAUAUUUUGUAAAAAGCUUUAGUUUUAUCCCCCCAUCUGAAAGAAAGAGUGUUUGCCUCACAUCGUUUUUUUUUCUCCUUUCUCUCUUUCUGUCUCUCUCUCUCUGUCGGUACCAUGUAGGUCUUCUCCCGCUACUAUACCUUCCCACCCUUUUCUGAUUCAGUAUCUUCUCCUCUUUCUCCUUCUUCUCUAAACCUUUAACUCUCUCUCUCUCUCUCUCUCUCUCUCUCUCUCUCUCUCUUAUGGCUUUGUUGUUUCUUUACAGGAGACCAGAAGGAAACCCGUUAGAUCUUAACAAUUUGCCUGAUGAGUACUCUAGAGAUGGCAAACAAGUCCUCGAAGACCAUACCUCUUCACCGGGUUGCAGGAAAAAGAAAAGCGGCGGGAAGGAUGGAAAAGACGAGUGUGGGAAGGUCUACGAGUGUAGAUUUUGUUCCCUUAAGUUCUGCAAGUCUCAGGCUCUUGGGGGACACAUGAACCGCCACCGCCAAGAGAGGGAAACGGAGACACUGAACCAGGCUCGACAACUGGUCUUUCGCAGUGAUCAUACCCUUGCUGCACAAGGUGCACCUCACUUAGGAUGCUGCCAACCGAUUGGAACGGGUGGUUAUCACCCAUCAGGAGAUCCAUCGGCACCUCUGAGAUUUCCGAGGUACUUCUCAGGUUCAUCCUCAACUCACAUGCCGCCAGCAGCACCGGCACCAGUAGCACCACAGCCAUACCUGUAUGCCUCACCUACAAGGCCAGUGUCUUUUGGGUCAUCACACUUCCCUCAUCAGCAUGCGGUGAAUGAUUACUAUGUGGGUCAUGUGAUGAGUGGGAGUCACGGACACUAUGUGGGAGGAGGAGGAGGAGGAGAGAGCACAAGCAGUUACACAUGCAUUGGUGCACCGGUGGGACAAGGUGGUGGGUUUGGCAGUGGUGGUGGUGGUGGUAAGGACGGGUCACUGCCACUGCAUAAUAAUCAGGAGGAAGGGUUGAGUUGGGGAAGGGGGUAUCCGGCAGGAGCACAGCAUCGUUUGGAUCCUCCGUCAGCGAUCAAUCGGUUUCAAGAUGGUUUCUAAUGAGAUUCUUUCUGUGAAGGGUAGUGUUUUUGGUUUGUGUUAUGUGGUAUCAUAAAGACACGCAAUCCAGAGAGAGAGACAUUACAAGCUGACACAUGGGGUCACUAAGGUAGCUAAGCUAGGAAUGAGAGAGAGAAAGAGAGGUGGUUUUGGUUUAUCUACAGUAACCAGGGACAGCUUUUGAGCUCAUGGACACCCUCAGCUACUUUGGCUUGGAGUUGUAGGGGUUAAUGGCUGGGAUUUUUUCUCUACAUCGUCUUUUGUAUUGGUACCUAGCUAGCUGGGACAACCAGUUAGAUAUGAACUGAAACUUUCCAAACCCCUUUUUCCAUUUCUCACUCUUUCACUUCCUUUUGCAUGCCAAAUUACAAACACUUCCCUUCUAAUGUUUUUCCCUCACUAUAUUACUAAUAUCUAUCUAUUUAUUAGUACUUUUACUUAUAUAUAUUUUGUUUUC